AACCUAUAAUAAGUAAAUUUUUACUAUAUAAGAAAUCAUUAUUUUUUUUUCUUGACAUUAUUAAAUAGUACGAUUUGCAGAUUGAUAGUACGAUUAUUAAAUAUUACGGUUGCGGACUAGUAAAUUCAUAUUAUGAGCUGGAAAAAAAUAGACGGUACUCUUACCCAACUUGCCGUUGGUCGUGAUAAUAAUGUAUGGGGUAUAAAUUUCAAGGAUGAGAUUUUCCAAUACACAGGACAAACUUGGCGCAAUAUAGAAGGCUUAGCCGUAAAUGUUGGUGUAGGUGCCGAUGGUACUGUUUGGGUUGUCAACCGGUUUGACCAGAUCUAUGCGUGGAAUGGCAUAGGAUGGACUAAUGUUCCUGGAGCCCUAGUCCAGAUAUCAGUUGGUGACAAAUCUCAAGUUUGGGGUGUUAAUCGUGCAGAUAAUAUUUUUUAUCGAACUAAUGGUGAUAUUUUAAACGGUACAUGGGUCCAAGUUCCAGGUCUAUUGAUCAAUGUAUCCGUAGCUUCUGAUGGAACUGUAUGGGGAGUUAGCAGAAAUAGGGAUAUUUUUAGAUGGAAUGGCAAAGACUGGAUUCAAAUUGGUGGAAAGCUUAAACAAAUAUAUACUAGCAGUGAAUCCUCGGUUGUCGGUAUUGAUAUCAAUAAUAAUGUUCUUCAAUAUAAAGAUGGUCAAUGGCUCCAAUAUAAGGAUAUUAAACUUGAAAAUGUCGCAAUUUCUAUCGAUAAUAAUUUGUGGGGCAUUGAUUCCAUGGAAGAGAUUUAUAUGUUCCAACCGAAUUCUACUACUUCUCCUUUGAUACCUACUUCAUCUACUAGUCCGACUAUUAGUUCGACAGUAAACAUCAAUCAAGGAAAUCCGGCUAGAGCGAUAAUAGGGUUGUCUGUAGGACUUGGUUUAGCACUAAUAAUCUGCGGUGCGAUAAUUUUAUUUAUUAUUCGGCGUUAUAAGAAAAUCAAAACCAAAUUUCCCGAAGUUUCAGGCUUUUCCGAAGUAGUUCGUCAAUAGUAUACCUAUACAGUCUUAUGAUGGAUACAUUCUUUAAUAAUGUCAUCCCAGAAUUUUUUUAUUUUUCGAUUUAGAAGAGCUCUUACUAUUGCAAAAUAUAAUCUACAAAUAAUGUAUAACGUUAAAGAAUACUCCCAGAAAACGGGAACAGAUCUAUGGUAUGCAAGAGAACAGAUACAGUCGGAAAUUUCAUGAUAUCUUUAGCAUGUUAUAGAUAAGAUUCGACGUAUCAAGUUUUUUAACUA